CAGUGAUUCCGGUUAGGGCUCCGUUGCCAACGAUGCAAUGCCUCGUUUUACAGAUGAACCCCGGGCAUAGGCACCCUCUGAGCACCGAGGACACCUCGAAGAGGCGGUGCCAUCUUCGCCUUUUCUGACAACCUGCGAUAAGUUUGAGUGAGAGUACACCCAGGAGCCAGGGUGGCCGGUAGAGACCGGACUCGGGGCUUUAUGUUUACCGGAGCGGAGCUGGAGAGGAAGCUGGAGCCAUGGGUCUCUUCUUCAGCCUUCGAUGAACUGAUCUAAGCUGGACCCACGCAAUUUAGCCAACCCUCCCCUGCCUACAGGGGGGGCUCCCCUCUCCCCAUCGCCCUCUCCAGCUAUGGCAGGCUUCAAGCGGGGCUAUGAUGGCAAGAUUGCUGGCCUGUAUGACCUGGACAAGACGCUGGGCCGUGGUCACUUUGCCGUGGUCAAGCUGGCACGUCACGUCUUCACUGGGGAGAAAGUGGCAGUUAAAGUCAUCGACAAGACUAAGCUAGACACCGUGGCGACAGGCCACCUUUUUCAGGAAGUCCGCUGCAUGAAGCUGGUCCAGCACCCCAACAUUGUGCGCCUGUAUGAAGUGAUAGACACUCAGACCAAGCUUUACCUCAUCUUGGAGCUGGGCGAUGGAGGGGAUAUGUUUGACUACAUCAUGAAACAUGAGGAGGGUCUGAAUGAAGAGCUUGCUAAAAAAUAUUUUGCCCAGAUCGUCCAUGCUAUCUCCUACUGCCACCGGCUGCAUGUGGUGCACAGGGACCUCAAGCCAGAGAAUGUGGUGUUCUUUGAGAAACAAGGGCUGGUCAAGCUCACAGACUUUGGAUUCAGCAACAAGUUUCAGCCGGGGAAAAAGCUGACAACCAGUUGUGGUUCUCUGGCAUACUCUGCACCGGAAAUACUGCUGGGUGAUGAGUAUGAUGCUCCAGCUGUAGAUAUCUGGAGUCUCGGCGUGAUCCUGUUCAUGUUGGUAUGUGGCCAGCCCCCUUUCCAAGAAGCUAACGACAGUGAGACUCUCACCAUGAUCAUGGACUGUAAAUACACUGUACCAGCCCACGUCUCUGGCGCCUGCAAAGAUCUGAUAGACCGUAUGCUUCAGAGGGAUCCUAAGCGACGGGCUUCGCUGGAGGAGAUUGAGAGCCAUGCCUGGCUGCAGGGAGUCGACCCAUCCCCAGCCACAAAGUACAACACUCCCCUGGUGUCCCACAAGAACCUGUCAGAGGAGGAACACAACAGCAUCAUCCAGCGCAUGGUGCUAGGAGACAUCGCCGACCGAGAGGCCAUCGUGGAAGCUCUGGAGACCAACAAAUACAACCAUAUCACAGCCACAUACUACCUGCUAGCAGAGAGGAUCCUUAGGGAGAAGCAGGAGAAGGAGGUUCAGACUCGCUCGUCAAGCCCCAGCAACAUCAAGGCUCACUUCAGGCAGUCAUGGCCCACCAGAGUGGACAUGCACCAGGACAUAGAGGACAGCUUGGCAGCAUCCUCUAUCUCCCAUGCUGGAGGCCCUCAGUCCCCGGCCCGCAGUGCAGAGAACCUGCUCAAUGGGCACCGAUCCAAAGGCCUGAUGGAUCUGGGCAGACGAGAGGAAUCGACAGUGACUGACUCUCCGGGACCACUGGCAGGGGGAGCCUGCCCUGCUGCCUCCUGCCCUGCUCCUGGGUCUGCUUCUGGGACAGUUAGGACCGCCACACCGUCCACCUCAGCAGCAGCCAAGCAGCGGACCUGCCUGUUCAGGGUGGAGGAGGAUGAAGAGGAGGAAGAGGAACAGGACCCGUCUCCCCUCCCGACCCAGGUGAUCCUGAGGCGUAAGCCCCCCUCCAUCACCAACCGCCUCACCUCCAGGAAGAGUGCCCCGGUGCUCAACCAGAUCUUCGAGGAGGAGGGGGAGUCGGACGACGACUUUGACAUGGACGAGGGCCUUCCGCCCAAACUCAGUCGUCUCAAGAUGAACAUGGCGGCGGGGAAUGCUGCCAACCUGAGUCCUGGGGCCGGCUCCUCCUCGUCCCCUGGGCCCACGCAGAAGCGUUACCACCGGCGCAAGAGCCAAGGGAGGGGAUCAUCAUGUUCGAGCUCCGAAACGAGCGACGACGACUCGGAGAGCCACCGCAGGCGUCUCGAUAAGGACUCUGGAUUCGGUUACGGCUGGAACAGAAGGGACAGCAGCGAGGGGCCGCCCGGCAGCUCGGGAGGAAACGGGGGAGGCAGCAGCUCAGGACAGAGUAAACCUCCCGGAGAGGGAGGGGGGACCUCUGGUCCAGACAGGGGGAGCCCUCCUGGAGGAGGUGGUAAUGGAGGAGGCGGUGGUGGUGACGGGGGAGGGGGGAGUGGGGGAGGAGGAGGGGGUAAUAAGGGACAGGACAGCCCCUCCAGUUGUUGUAACAACAGUAGCACUACUGCCCCGUCCCGCAGUGCUCUGUCCCGCUCGUCCCGCACAACCAGCCGCAGCACCGAGCUGGUGGAGAGCCUGAAGCUGAUGAGUCUGUGCCUCAGCUCCCAGCUACAGCAGCACCGCAGCGGGCGAGGGGGGCGAGGAGCAGGCGGAGGAGGAGGGGGGAAGUUCAUCAUAGACCCUCACGGCCUCUCAGGGGGGAGUGUGAAAAUCCAGGAGAAAUCAGCCUGGAGGAUGUGCAUCGGCUCCACCGGGAGCCUGGACACCAUCACCCUCCCCACCACCACCGCCCUGCCGCGCACCCACGCCGCGCACCACCACCGUAAAACGGCGCCGCACGGCCCCCCCAGCAGCAGGGACGCUCACAACAACCUGAGUGCUCUGAAAAACGGCGUGCUUCAACUACCUCUGUGUGAGAAGACCAUCUCUGUGAACAUCCAGCGGGGCGGGGGCUCCAGGGACGGCCUGCUCUGUACCACGGCUCCGGCCAGCUGCUGCCACGUCAUCUGAAGCCCUCCAACCCUCCGUGUUCACCUCCAUCCUUUCACAGUGAAACACAUGAGUGAGUGUGUUCACCUCCGGUCACCAAGCUGCAGCUUCUACUGUUUUUUACUGUCUUAGUAACAACAUGCUGGUUUUACAACAUUUUCAAUGAGCAACGUUUAUUUUGAUGGGAACUGGAUAUGGGAUGGAAAACAUUUUUAAAUGUUUCGAAGCAUAAAGAAAAGGUCAAUAUCAUGAGAACAAAGUAGUAAUUUUAAAAGACCGAUUCAUAAUAAUUUGAGAAUAGAGUUGCAUUUUUACAAACAAGUCAUAUUUUGUGGUGAAGUUGUAUUGGUUUUAUAUUGUAAUUUUGAGGAAAAAGUCAAAUUAUUUUGAGAAUAAAGUCAGAGAAAGAACUUCUCACAUUAAGACUUUCUUGUCAAGCUCUGAAUUUAUUCCACUACUGUGACUUUUUUCUUAAAUGUCUUAUAUUCACAAUUACAACUUUAUUCAAAAAAAACACCUAUUCCUGAAACGUAACAGCAGCCAUGAUGCUGUGCAGUAGCUGCAGGUACUGUACUUAAAACCAGUUCCCUCUGAAUGUUGGUGAGCAGCUGGAUUAGAAAGUGAAAUCACAUUUCUAUGAAUCAAAAAAGGGGAAAAAGGGAAAAUGUUUUAAUUUUCACUCCAGUCUGGUCUCCAUAUUGCACUCAGACAAUCUGUUUUAUGUUGUUUUUAAAAAUGAUUUCAGCUUAUGUGUCAAACCCCUUCGCAUGUGGACAGCCAGAGUGGUUUAUCAAAGAGUGUAGCAGGACAAAUCACCAACACGUGUGGAAAUGUUACUGCUGACCAUAUAUUUAAAAUGUUUUUUUUUAAAUCCAUUUUUCAUUGUGUUGCUGUAGUUGCUGAUAGAGAACAUGAGUUGUGUCUGCCUCAGUCUGUUCACCCAAAGCCUACUGUACAAUUGGGGUGCAGAGUGCUGAUUCGUGUAAGGAGUAUGUAUAUAGAGUAUGUUGAAAAGUAAAGUUUAUUUUUAAAACAUGUACAUUUUGCUGUUUGAACAUGUGGACAGGGCCUGUGUGCUCAGGAGCUUUAAAGAAGCUGGCACACAGAGGAAAGACAGGACGGGGAUUCUCUAAGGGCAUUGGCAAUAAGCUAUAGUGUGUCGCAGCUAUCUGUACAGAAACAUUUUUAUUAGUUUCUUUUUUUGGGGGGGACUUUUUCACAUUGGACUGAACAGAAAAGAAGGAAAGCUGUUUGAAAUCUUUCUUUCCAGCUUUGGUUGUUGUCUGAGUUUUCUUUUUCAAACCAAAUGUAAAUAGAGUUGUAAAUAUGGUGCUCUUUCUCUUUAUGUAGAACAGCCGAGUGAACCCUUUGGUGCAUAGCCUUAUGAUAAUUAGUAAUACUGUAUGGUUGUCUCAGCUAAAAACAAAGCCUAUUCAUACUGUCAGGUCUGUUUGACUGUCGUCUUACUCAGCAGUAUCCAGGUGAAUGAUGUGCAUGUGUUUCAGUGUUUGACAUUCAGUGACACAGAGAAAAUCAGCCACAGAAAUGUUACUGGACCAAAAAGCAGCAGAAGAAGAAAAGAAGAAAAAAAAAAAAAGAGUUGGAACUGACAGAAAUAUUUAGUGUAUUAUUCUGUAGUUGAUACCUGUUGUCAGAAGUUACAUAUAGCUAUGGUAAUAUCCAAAAAUAAAAUGUGGAAUACUGUCUCAUA